UCCCGGAGUCUGAUAACAGAUUUAAGCUUGCGUUCCAUGGAUGACGUAGGAUCUUUUUUAAGUUGAUGAUGCUCAAAAGCAAAUAGAUGAGUUAGCACCCGAAGAAAAGAACCUGGCUUUAGAAACGACGAAUAUGAACAUGGGGACUCAGAUUAUUAGCUUUUAUACUCGUAUAAUAAAUGUAUACCAUUUACUAAAGCCUACUUGUAAAGAAACAUACUCAUAAUUAAUAAAAAAAAGUCGCUUAAAUUUGCCCCUGUUGGAUUUACGGUUUGCACGUAAUCAAUUCUGAUUUCGAACACUACGCGGCCCCUUUAAACUUCCGAAAACGUUAGCAAUAAUCAGCUGAUAAUGUUCGUUGGCCACUCGAGAUGCCUAUUCAUCUAACGCGCACUCGUGUGAUGUGCUACGCGCGUGAUGGAGCCGCUCGACAUCUUGGAAACCCAAAAAUUUCAGAGCCUGUCGAAGCUCGACGACCUGGAAUCUCUGGCCGGAGACAGGAAGGGCAGCAGGACUAGCCGACGUUCUAGGCACGAAAUAGAACGUCUCGUGAGCGAUUACGGCGGGGCUGCCACUUUUGAGGAAGCCAUCGAGGCGACUAGCUUCGGGAAAUUCAACUGGCUGCUGGCGUUUGUGUGCGUGCCCGCCAGCCUGUGCGUAGCUUUCGACACCACGUCGAUGUCGUACACGUCGGUGGUCGCCAAGUGCGACCUCAACCUGGGGCUCUCCGACAAAGGAUUCCUAAACGCUGCAACUUACGCAGGGAUGGUCUCGAGCGCAUCCGCCUGGGGGUUCCUGUUCGACGUCCUGGGUAGGCGGAAGCUGCUGCUCAUCGGAUUCGUUAUGGACGGUACUUUCGUGGUGAUGAGCGCCUUCGCGCAAAACCUCGCAUUACUCCUGGCCGCGAAGUUUUUUCAAGGUUUCGCGGUGAUCGGACCGUUCGCGGCCAUCAACUCCUACAUAUCCGAAUUCCACUGCUCCAAGUAUCGGUCCAGGUUCCAGCUGCUGAUAGGAUCGAGCGCCUCGCUGGGCACGCUACUGUUGCCUCUGCUGGCCUGGGCUUUGCUCUCGCAGUCUCUCGAUUUUUCCUUCCUAUCGCUGAACUUCCAUUCUUGGAACGUGUUCCUUCUCAUCACGGCGCUGCCGUCGGUCACCAACGCGAUCGUCUUCGUCUUCUUGCCGGAAAGUCCCAAGUUCCUGAUGGCCCAGGGCAGGGACCAGCAAGCUCUUCGAGUGCUGAGGACCGUAUACAGCAUAAAUACAGGUCGUUCGCCGGAUUCCUACCCCGUGAAAAAGCUAGUCGACGAACCCGGAGCCGAUCGGGAGCCCUCCAAGAGUGACGAUGGUGAAACUCGUACCAAGUUCGAAGUAGUUAAGGCCGGUUUUAGCCAGAUCAAACCGAUCUUCUACCCGCCGCACCUGCAGAGACUUAUUUUGGUCUGUUUCGUCACUUUCUUUAUCGUGUCGAGCAUGAACAUGCUCCGGCUAUGGCUACCGCACAUUUUCCAGGCCGUGAUAGACUACCAGCAUGGCCACGCGGAGCCGGCCAGCUUGUGCACGAUGUUGAAGCACCUGGAGCCAGCCGCAAAUGCGUCCGAGAUUUGCGCGAUCAACGUUGAUAACCAGAAGGUGUACGUGAACUCUAUCGUGGUGGCGUUCACGUCCAUCUGUGGCUACGCCGUCACGCUAUUCGUGCUGCCACUGGUCGGGAAAAAGACGGUGCUUGUGGCGGCGGAACUAAUCUCCGGAUCGGCCAGCAUCUGCCUGUACUUCGCGCAAAGUUCAGAGAUGGUGCUGGUGUUUUCGUCGGCGUUCAACGCGAUGGGAGCGCUCGCCACCAACGUCAUAGUGUCUGUGACGGUGGACCUGUUCCCCACCACUUUGAGGACCUUGGCGAUAUCGAUGGGGGUCAUGGUGGGGCGAGCUGGUGCGAUGGGCGGCAACUUCGUAUUUCCCUUCUUGCUGCAGAGCGGGUGUCUGGCACCGUUCUUUGUCGUCGGCGGACUUUUGAUUGCCGCCGCGUGCCUGUCGCUGUUGUUCCCAAAGACCGACACGCAGGCGCUGCACUGACGUUAACUCAAUAGUCUGAAAAAUAAAAUAAUAAAACUCUCUCG